UUUGGGUCAAAAAUGGCUGCCGGUCCCAUCUAACCCUCCUCAGCAAGGAAUAACCAGGCCGUAAAUAAACUGCAGAAAGCGGAUUGUUUCCGGUCGGAGCUCUGGUCAGAGCACAGGGGGCGCAGGGGGCGCAGCGCCCGCACAAAGAUGAUGCUGCUGCUUCCAGAGGGGACAAACCUUUACGAGACACAAUCAACGCGUUCCAACACAACACCCAACAAUAAAUGAGAAAAAUGAUGCACCGAUUGAGCAGCAGCACCAGUGACUUCUGUAUCGGUGGGCUGGCAGAGGACUGCCACCCGGCCAGCCACUUUGAUUUAUGCAGCACCCACUCCAACAAGUUUUAUGCCUCUCCGACAAAUCCCAGUUUGCAGCUGUCCCUCGCCACUCUUACCCCCUUGCCACAGGGAAUACACAAAGCCAUGACAUGCCAGCUGCAGGAGACCCAAGGUGACUUCCAACCUCAGGCUGUGAGAAUCGGGGCCGGCGAGGCCCUGGCGCCCGAUGGCCCCAAGAAAAAGAAAGGUACUGUUAAAUCAGGGCGUAGAGGGAGGCCUUCGGGGACUACAAAGUUGGCUGGGUACCGCACAAGUACUGGACGCCCACUUGGGACGACCAGAGCGGCCGGAUUCAAAACCAGCCCAGGGAGACCCCUAGGGACCACCAAGGCAGCGGGAUAUAAAGUCAGCCCAGGCAGGCCGCCCGGCAGCAUCAAGAGUCUAGCUCGUCUCAAAAAGCUAGAGUUUGGCUGUGACGCAGCAAAAACACUUGACUUGAGCAACUGCAGCAUUCCCAAGAAACUGGACUUCCCUGGCACUGAUGUUCCGCCUUUUCCGUACGCCAUCAUGGAAAGUAGAGAUCUCUGUGAUGCCAGCAGCAAAGUGGAUGAACCCGGCGAAUAGCUCAACAGACAUCUCUUGUUAUUUGGUUGCAUGAGCAUGCGUCAGAAAACUUUUUAAAAAAAAUAAAGAAGCUGUAUCACCUUUCACUCACAUCUAAUAAGUGAAUUAAAGUGUAAUUACCAAUGCAUUAAUUCAUGCAUGCAAAAAAAAACAGAAAAAAAAAAAAAACAUUAUCAGAAAAAGCAAAAAAAGUCAUAAGUAGCAAUUCAAACUUUAUG